UUUCGUUGCGAAAUUCUAUUCCCUCUCCAGCCAACGAUGUGUACCAAAAGUUUAUCCUGCAUCCUGUGCGGCCAGCCCAAUUUCCCUAACGUCGAUGCGUUGCGCGUGAGCCUGCUGAAAGUUACGGCUCGCCCUCUAAAGUGUCCUAUAUGCGGCGAUGAGCUGCUCGGUUUGGAUAAACUCACGAUCCACCUCUUCGGACACUCGCUGCUCGAAGAUCAGGCUCACGAUUCGAAAGGGGACAAAGGCGUUGCAAAGGACGAUCCGAACCCGUCUGGUCUGGCAACGACGACGACGACGACGGUGGGUUCCUGCAAAAGCGUUCGCAAGGUGCGCAAAAAAGGAGCCCCAACGGAAGUGAACUGUGAACACGACAGUGACAUUCCGCCGAUGGGGAAAAUGUCACCGAGAAGCGGUGAGCCAAGCUCGUGUUCCUCGAAACCGCACUGUUCCGAGUGCGACGUCGAGUUUCGCAGCGACACACUGCUCAAAAUGCACCAAGAGGUUUUUCACGAGACCACUACGAAGCGGGACGAAAGUGGUGCUCCAACGGCAACACACUUCUAUUGCCAUAUUUGCCCCAAAAAGUUCAAGAUGAGGGGUUCGCUCAAGAUCCAUAUGCGCGUAGUGCACCAGGAGAGUCCGAAAAAAAUGUGCUUGGACCAAACCCACGCCACCAACACUACCUCUACUAGUUCGUCCUUCGCGAUAGCGGGUUCUGAUUUGACCUCUGGCCGUGAUGACAUCAUGGCGGGGAAAGGGGCCACACCGUUGGCGCACAUCAUCCAAAUUAUUGACCCACGGCAACUGGCGCAGGUGGUUUAUCUGCCCCCCAACAAUGAACCUCUCGGCGGCGUUGAUCAACCGACAUCCGUCGGGCAGCCAUCGGCGCUGGAUGCUGCAGUGCCGCAGCAAAGGUUCGAAAGUAUUUCGUUACCUUCGUCCCCGCAGCAACUGAGCCACGACAACCCGAAACAGUGGGAGUGUGAAGUCUGCCGGAAGUCCUUCACGACCAAAUAUUUCCUCAAGAAACACAAUCGUCUCCACACGGGGGAGAUGCCUUACACUUGUACGAUCUGUAACAAGUCGUUCACGUUUCAACAGUCCUACCACAAACAUCUUCUCUACCAUAGUGACGAAAAGCCUCACGCUUGUACCGUCUGCGGUCGGAGCUUUAAGGAGCUGUCCACUUUGCACAAUCACGAGCGAAUUCACUCGGGGGAAAAGCCUUUCGCCUGCGAAACAUGUGGGAAAUGCUUCCGGCAGCGGGUGUCCUACCUAGUCCACCGGCGGAUACACACGGGCCUUAUGCCUUACAAGUGUUCCGGGUGUGAUAAGAGCUUCCGCUACAAGGUGUCCCAGCGCACCCACAAGUGCUCCGCCACACCGCCCGGAACGGUCGUACGUAAAACGGGCGACUUGCUGCAGAAACUUCUACAGUCUUCCGCCAUCUUCCCGGCAACACAGCAACGACCGGAAGCACCACCGACCAUCUUCACCGAAACGACGCAUGAAUCGAUGGCGGAUGACGACGCGAGACAAACCGCCGAAUAUGUUAAUCGGGCCUUAGAUGAGCUAGUCGAUGGAACGUACGACAAGCUGGACAUCAGCGAUGACCGCGCUUCCGCGACACUGUACAGCCAACAGCAACCUCUUUACGCGGAUUCGGACCAACUCCAGCUGCAACGACAGGACCAACGGCCACAUCCGGCAACGAUCGAGGCAAGCUUUCCCCGAAUCGAAAGUCUGUGCCUUCUGUCGCCAAGUGCCUUCGAUAGCUCGCAGCUGGACGAUUUAGAGUCACUAAAGUUAGACAACGGAUGGUAAUCCGGAUGCGGGAAGCUCGUUUUGUAUUAUAUGCCAAUUGUAGGCUACUCUUAAGGCCCAUAUCAAGAAAGUAUUUUAUUCCCUUCGGAUAAUUACAUGAUUUAUGAAUAAACAAUGUAACAGGAAAGAAUUUUUCUC